UUGAUCGCUGAUCUCUGUUUAACUUCCAAAGCUUUUGGAGGCUUUUAGGUGUGGUUACGGGUUUUGAUUUAUUUAUUCUAUCUGGAUGAUUCUCUAGAACUUCUAACUGACUGAUACCAUUCGAGAACUCAAAAAAAUUCCACAGAGAGAGAGAGAGAGAGAGAUGCCACUCCGAAAGUUUUGUGUCUGUUGGUUUCCGAGAAAGAGGAAAAGGAAAAAAAAAAAAAACAGACAAGGAAAAAAGAGGACAACAUAUGGGUUCAUCUGUGAUUGGUGGCUUUUAGUAUUUCUAAGUAAGGAAAACCCGACAUACGAGGACAGAUACUGUAUUUUUUGCCUUAAUUACUUGCAGCGAGGCCAAUAGGCCGAAGGAGGGAAUAUGGGGUCUCUGCAAGGACCAGUUGUUUGCCCCACAGUUCGAGCAAAGCAAGUGGGGUUUUACGCUCUGCCAAUGAUUGGUCCUUUCCCGAAGGCUAGGCUGUUUGGGAGUGAAUUCUGGGGAUUCAAAGGGAUCAGUUAUAGAAAGACUAAAUUGGGGAAUCUUUCUCACCAAUUACACGUGCAAAAGGGCAAGACGGUGCAUUGUUGUUAUGGUUCAUCCUCCAAUGGGAAUGGAAGCACCUCGGAGAACUUCAAUGAAAACGACGAAGACUACAUAAAUUCUAGCGUGAUUGAAGCUGUUGAGGUGAAGAGUGGAGCAGAUGGUUUCAUGAUCAAAAUGAGGGAUGGAAGGCAUCUAAGAUGUGCCCACAACAACCCUCAGGGUGGGCAUUUGCCAGAUUAUGCUCCACAUCCUGCAAUUGUGUUGAAAAUGGAAGAUGGGACCGGUCUUCUUCUUCCAAUAAUUGUUUUGGAGAUGCCGAGUGUGUUACUCAUGGCAGCCGUACGCAAUGUUCCAGUAGCAAGACCCACACUGUAUCAAGUGGUUAAGGAGAUGAUUGAUAAGAUGGGCUAUGAAGUCAGACUCGUUAGAGUUACUCGGAGAGUGCAUGAGGCAUAUUUUGCUCAGUUAUAUCUUACCAAGGUAGAUAAUGGAACAGAGUGUAUUAGUUUUGACCUUCGGCCUUCAGAUGCCAUCAACAUUGCAGUCAGAUGCAAGGUGCCAAUUCAGGUUAACAAGUACUUGGCAUAUAGUGAUGGAAUGAAAGUCAUUGAAUCUGGCAAGCUGUUAAUGCAAACCCUAGCCUCAGAUGGUUUAUUAUUUACUGAAAUGGAUCGGCCAAGUGGUCAACCAUGCAUUGAAACAAAGGAGUUUGAUCUUGUGCGCAACAUGCUGAUUGCUGUCGUUGAAGAACGCUAUAGAGAUGCUGCUCAGUGGCGCGACAAACUCAGUCAAUUUCGGGCUAAAAGGAACUUAAAUAACAGCUCUUGGACAGUAUAAUCUGCACAUAAAAACAUUGUUAUCCAAAGUUGUUGAGGUCCUCAACACGAAAAUGAUACCUCUCAUCCCUUCUAUCUACAGGAAGCUUGUGAAUAUAUAUGUAAAUACAAACUUUAAAUGCAAAUGUAGUACUUGUUGAACAUGUGGGACUGGUUGACUCUGCAUAUUAUUUGUGUCUGGUGGUUUCGAAGCUAAUGGAACUGUUAUGAGGAUGCACAGUUUCUUGUCACCAGCGUAUUGCUGGGCUGUGCUUUGAUGUUGGGCAAAAGCAGCAGCUGUAUAGGAUGUUUAGCUGCACAUUGUUCAUUAAUUUGAUGAAUCGUUUCGUUUACAUUA